GUUAACUCCUUUGUUUUAGGAGAGGUUGGGCUUUAGUGCUCUGAUUAAGGUCACAAAUUUAUUGAAUUUCUUCACACUUUUAGUUUCUUGUUGUAUCUGACAGCUAAGGCAUGAAAUUGGUACUGGUAGGUUAAUAUUUUGGUAUUUUUAAGUUAAAAAUGUGUUUGAAAAGUAACAACAACAAUAUACCCAGUCUAAUCCCAUAAAUAGAGUUCGGAGAGGAUAGUGUGUACGCAGAUCUUAUCCCUACCUUAUAAAGUUAGAGAAGUUGUUUCUGAUAGACCCUCGGCUCAAGAAAUUCCUAGUAAUAAGUUUCAUUAACAAAUCUUUUCUUAAUAUAAGAACUUAUAUUCAAGCAGAAAUCAGAUCUUCAACUUUCAAAUACUCGGUCAAAUAAAAUAAUUUCAGAAAAACGGAUGAUUUCCAAACUAAAUCACCAAUAAAAUAAGUUUUGAAAAGCGAACUUCUGCACAUGCGAUAUCUUUUUUUCUUUUUUCUUUUUAACAUCUUCCUAAUUAAGAAAAUCUAUAGUAUUUUCAUAUUUGUUUUCAGCGUGAUUUGAACCCAAAAAUUAACGAUCAUGGGUAAAUGUGUUUUUACCGACUGAGCAACCACUUAGCGAUAAAGCAAAACAAUAUUGUAGUAAGAAAGAUGGUUGGUAUAGACUCUAGUGCGUGACAUAGACAGGUAUGACAUUUAUAUCAUUAUGAACUACAAGUAUGGACCCUCACCUUCAUUAUUGGUUCCAACUGCUGUUGUGACUUCUAGUACUGUAUUAAUUGUUACUGAGUAGAUUGAAGGUAGAAUUUAUGAGUUUUCGGCCAAAAAUAUUCACAUCAGCCCAAUAUAUAUAAAUAUACAUUAAUCACUACAAACAAAAAUUACACACAAAACUGCUACUAAUAAAUUUGAAUUUGCUUUUAUAUAUAUGCACCUACGAAAAGGAUCCUAUUGCAGACGAAACGAGAGUUCUACGUAUAUCUUCUUGGCACAUAUAGGCGGAUCUAUGACGAGUUCUAUGAAUUCAACUGAAAUUAAGAUGAUGUUUUGAGACAAUCUACUAGAGUUUACAAGUAGUAUCAAAUUGUGCAAAAAGGAGUUACAGCUCUUUUUAACUACAAUUAAUUUUGUUGAGAUUUAAUUAGAGAAAAGAAUAUCAAGAAUAAAGAUGGGGUUUUGGACAUUAUUUGAGGUGGCAUCCAUGCCAAUAUUGCAAGUACUCCUCAUAAGUAUUUUAGGUGCUUUAAUGGCCACUGAUUAUCUCAAGCUUCUUCACUCUGAUGCCCGAAGAUCUCUUAAUAAAAUAGUGUUCGUGAUAUUUACGCCUUCCUUAAUGUUUGCAAGUUUGGCAAAGACUGUCACCUUGGACGACAUUAUCUCAUGGUGGUUUAUGCCCAUUAAUAUUGGGCUAACAUUUCUAGUUGGAGGAAUUCUUGGAUGGUUAGUUGUGAAAAUACUGAAGCCAGAGCUACAUUUAGAGGGACUCAUUAUUGCUACAUGCUCAGCAGGUAAUUUGGGAAACCUUCUUUUGAUAGUAAUUCCAGCAAUUUGUAAGGAGAAAGGUAGCCCGUUUGGUGAUCAUGGAAUUUGUGCUUCUGUUGGUCUCUCUUAUGCCUCUUUCUCUAUGGCAGUUGGCGGUUUCUACAUAUGGACUUACACAUAUCACCUAAUAAGAAGCUCAUCUGUGAAAUUUAAAGCACUAAAAGCAGCUGAGGAAGAUGCCUUAAAGAAACCAAAUAAGGAUUUUGAUGCAAGUGAGAAAUCUCACCUUCUUGAAGGAGUUGCCCAAGAUGAUCUUGUUGUUAGCAUUUCACCAACAAAAUAUGACCCUGAAAAUCAAACUAAAACAUGUGAAAAAGCAGACAUGGAACCAAAGAAAGGGGAAGUAUUAUCAUGGAGUAAAUUUUUGCACAAAAUUGUGGAGGAGCUAUUGGCACCUCCAACAGUUGCAGCAAUUAUUGGACUUAUAUUUGGUUCAGUAACAUGGUUGAAAAACCUGAUUAUUGGUAGUGCUGCUCCCCUUAGAGUUAUCCAAGACUCUGUCAAAUUACUUGGGGAUGGGACCAUUCCAUGUAUCACUCUUAUACUAGGAGGAAACCUCACCCAAGGAUUGAGGAAGGCAAAAGUGAAACCAAUGAUCAUAAUAACAGUUGUAUGUGUGCGGUAUAUAUUCAGUCCUCUAGUAGGAAUUCUAGUUCUUAAAGGAGCUGGCAAACUAGGAUUUCUUGCAGCAGAUCCCCUUUACAAAUUUGUAUUAAUGAUUCAAUACACAUUGCCACCCGCCAUGAAUAUCGGAACAAUGACGCAACUAUUUGACGUAGCACAAGAAGAGUGUUCAGUCCUUUUCUUGUGGACUUAUUUGGUUGCAGCAUUUGCACUCACUAUUUGGUCCACCGUAUUCAUGUGGCUCUUGUCCUAAUUAAUGUCACAAGAUCGAAGACGAAGAUGAAAACAGAUCCCUUUUGUUCCCCUCUUGCAAAAAUGGGGUGCUUUGAAGUAAUUUUCAUAUUAUCAUAUACAUCUAAAUGUGGGUAAAAAAUGUGAAAUAUACCAUAUGGAACUAGGUAUUAGAAAUAUUUCAUCCAUUCAUAGAUAUAGUGCUAGUGUGUGCUAUAAUUCUUUUUGUUUUUUUCCCUCCUUAUUUUUGAUUUUAGCUUCGAUUUUUUGUCAAGUAAUAUUGUCUCCUUUCAGAUUGUGCUUAUAUGGAUGGAAAAUAUAUAUAUAGCCAUAUUACUUUGACAAAA